AUGAAGUGGCCUUCCAUUUGUGGCCCAUUUGUGGCACGGUUGCGGAAUUUGUCGACCUCCACAGUUUGUGACAUUCUGUUUCUGUGGUUUUGCGACGUCGGUUUUCCGCGAUAUCUGAAGAGUGACAAGGGGCCACAGCUCCGCGGGGAAUUCGAGGAUUUCUGCCGCAAGCAUAACAUCAGAUUCGAGACGUCAUCUCCAUAUAACUCCCAAAGCAACGGUUUGGCAGAGGUGGUUGUAAAAUCCAUGAAAACACUUUUGAAGAAGGUGGACCAGAAUGAAAAAGAGUUUCGUGCAGCUUUACUUGCUUGGCGUUCUAAUCCACGGUCUGACGGGUUUAGCCCGGCGAAUGGCUUCUUCGGACGCGACUUGCGAGGUCAAUUGCCUGAUUGUCGCGAGCAAUCACCACCUGUCUCUCCGGAGUUUGCCGCCGCCAGAUUACGCUCCUUGGAGCGUUUCCUCAACCGUGAUCAGGGGCACGAUUUGGAGGCUCUACCCGUCGGGGCUUGUGUCUUGGUCCAGGAUUGCAUCUCUGGUGACUGGAGGCCUGGGGGUGUGAUCCUCGAACGGCUGGAUAAUGGUCGUUCUUACCGUGUCCACACUCCGUGCGGGGAGUAUCGUCGGAAUCGCCGGUUUUUACGUUUGGACCACUCUGUGCCUCCGCCUGAUCCGGAUGACACAUUAAUUGAAAAGCCCCCACUCUCUCCCCGUCGCAGUGGGCGGACCCGAAGGAACGUCUCAUUCCUUGGGAUCAAUCAUAUUUCUUAA